AAAGAAGAAGAAGGAAAACUUACCAAUGUACAUUUGUGUCGACACCUGGUGCAUUUAAACAAAAUUUAAGUGUUAUUAUAGUCUAUGUAUUCUAUAUUAUAUAGACCAGGUCGUGUCCCUCGCCUCGUAUAUUCACUUUAAUGCCAUGGCUCCUCCGAUUCUCACGAUUUUCCGUGGAAAUUUUAACCGGUUUUGCAUUGAUUCGCAAUUUUUCCAGUACUUUAUAGUCCUUCUCAGUCUUUUUAAUCUAUCGUUAUGCUUGUACGAAGAUCAGGUAGGAAAAUUUGACUGGAGGCAAAAUUAUGUAGGUAAAAUCAAAUUUGCUAAUUUUGAUAAUGUUUCACAAGUAAAAAAGAUUAUUGUCGCUACGGAAGAAAAUGUUAUCGCAGCUUUAAAUAUUAAAACAGGUCAAAUAUUAUGGAGACGAGUAUUAGAGAAGGGAUACGCUGGUCGCAUUAGAGCAUUUAGUAAUGUUGCAGAUGAUGAAUUAAUUUUGGUUAACGGUGGAGUUCCAGCGAUAGUUCGAUAUUGGAAUUUGACGACUGGUCAUAUUUUGAACGAGUGGCCAAUAGCGGAACAGAAUCCAGAUAGAAUAGAAGAUGUUCAAUGGCAUAUUAACGAUGGAACUUUAUAUCAUAUUCUGCCAAUUUAUAACAGUGGUGUCGAAGUUACUGCAUACGACAGUAAAACAGGAGAAAAAUUAAAAAGCAGAAAAAUCUCUGCACCAUUUAUAUCACAGGAAACAGAAUGUGUUUUAGCGUCUCCAUAUUUUAUUUGCCUGAAAGGUGACAGUAGCUUAGCAAUAUUAUUUUAUAUCAAUAUUUUUGAACCGAAAUCUCAACCACAAUCGAUAACAAUUAAUACCAUAUUUGGUGCCGGAGCUGAAGGACCUUAUCGAAUUUCCUUAGUUCCUGGUAAUAUAGCUGCGAUAUCAAUUAGUACCGACAAUAAUCGAAGAAAGCGACUGCUCCUACUUGAAAAUGAACCGACACCAGUUCCUCAUGACAUCGACGGGGAGAAUUCCGUAUAUAUUACUAACUUUGAUGAUAAAAAAGUGGUAUUAGAAUUAUCGUACAACGAUAAAAUCACAACAGUUAUGGCAACCUAUCUAAAUGAAAAUGAACCUCAGUCUGAAAAAUUACAUCGUAUAAUUCACAAUGAUUUAUACAGACCUGAAAUUGUAGCGACCACGUGUACUUGCAAAUCACUGAAGAGAUAUGCCUGUAAAUUCUUAUUAUCUUCGGAGGAUCACAGCAUUAGUCUAUUGGAUAAAAAAGUACUGUGGACGAGAGAAGAAGCGCUGGCUCGCAUCGUAGCAGUUGAGAUCGUGGAGUUACCGAUGUCAGAUCGUGAUCAAGCCAUUGAAACAGAAUUCGAUCUAAAAGAAAGUCUUGAUGUAGACAGUACAUGGGAUGUAUUUGGUAUGCUAGUGCGACGACUAAGUUCUCAAGCGAAUCAAGUGAAAGCAUUUAUUCAAGCUGCUUUGGGUCUAGAGCCACAGCAAUCUAACCAACGGGCCGAUUUGGUUCGCGAUAAAUUUGGUUUGCAUAAAAUGAUCGUGGCUGUCACGUCUGCCGGAAAGAUAUUUGGAAUUGAAUCGAAAAAAGGUGAGCUCAUUUGGCAACUUAGAGUUCCUAAUAUUCAAGGAUUUUCCAAGGAAUCUGAUCAGAUGGUCCUAUACGUUCAGCGUGGAAGUAGACAUUUUCCACAUCCACCUCAGUGCUCGCUGCUCGCUGCCGACAAAGAUACCGGCAGCGGUGUGAUAUUUACCUUCAAUCCGAUAAACGGCCAAGCCCUCGACGGCCUUACGAAGCUCAACUAUCGGGUGAAGCAGUCGAUGCUCCUGCACGUGACGACCGAUAGCUUCCUUCGUAGCAUCAUCAUCCUCGACGAGCGCGACCGGGCCUACGUGUACCCGGAGAGCGCUACUGCGGUCGCGACCUCCGUUGGCCGUAAUACCUACAUAUUCACCGUCGACAAGGCCUCGGGCAUAUUGUCCGGAUACUCGUUCUCCUACAGCACUCCCCAGAAUCUCAUCGCCAAUAAGGUAUGGGAAUUGGUGCUUUCGCCGAAAAAUCAGCGAAUAACUCACGUCGUCUCCAAGGACCCCAUCGAGCGCGUCCAUUCUCAAGGUCGAGUUUUGGGCGACAGAUCGGUACUCUACAAGUACAUCAAUCCCAAUCUCGUAGCUAUUGUUACGCAAGGGACCAGCAGCGUGCAGAAGAAUACACUUAAUUUAUAUUUAUUGGAUGUUGUAUCGGGUUCCAUGGUUUUCUCCAUCGUUCAUAAACGAACUAAGGGGCCCGUUCAUAUUGUUCAUUCCGAAAACUGGUUAGUUUAUAGUUACUUCAACGAGAAAAGUCGUAGAACAGAAAUAGCAACCCUUGAACUGUACGAAGGAAAAACCCAGAGUAAUAUGACAGUUUUUUCAUCGUUGACUACAACUAAGUUACCAAUAGUGGAAAGGCAAGCAUUUAUUUUUCCUGCUUCGAUAGAAUCGAUGCGAGAAACAAUUACUGAGAAAGGCAUUACUAGCAAACAUAUUUUAGUGGCUUUAGCUAAUGGAGGAGUUUUAGAGCUACCUUGGAUGUUGGUUGAUCCAAGAAGGUCAAUUAAUCCUGAAAUGCGAGAAGAAGGAGUUAUUCCUUACAUGCCUGAGCUACCAAUUCACGUUGAUGGCAUUAUAAAUUAUAAUCAAAGCGUUUUUAGAAUUUCUGGUAUUCAUACAAGUCCAAGUGGCCUUGAAAGCACAUGUCUAGUUUUUGUUCAUGGUCUAGAUCUAUUUUAUACCAGAGUAGCACCAUCAAAAACCUUUGACGUUUUAAAAGAAGACUUUGACUAUUACUUGAUUGUCAUAGUACUCGCCGCUUUAGUAAUUUCUUCAUACAUUACGAAGAAGUUGGCGUCACAAAAGUUACAAAAACAGGCAUGGAAAUGAUGACUCUAUAGGAAAUUCAAAGUUAUCUUUCAUUUUUGGACCCUUAGUCUGCUUCUAUUCACAAUAGAUAAUAUGGCAAUUGUGGCAUCUAAGUUCUUUAACCACCGAUUAUUAUAGUUUCAUAAAUGACUAUUCAUUAUAUUAAUUACAUAUAUACGUACAGAGUUGCACAUAUAAACAAUCGAAUCUACUUAUUUAAUCCAAAGAUCCUUGAAUAGGCAUAUAAUAGUUGUAAAUUAUGAUUCAGGGACCUAAAGGACAGUACAUAUUAAUUCAUAAAAUAUUUUAAAAAUAUCAUUAGAAUAAAUGUAUUAAACUUU